AUUAUCGGAGAAACUAGUUUGGCGAAUACGUAUUCUUGGAAAUCCGAUCCUUCGGAAGGCUAAGCUGCCAGUGUCUUGAAGUACGCCGAGACGAAGAUGUUGGUCGAGAGUUUGUGUGUGGCGCUUCUGACUUUGAGUGCAGUGUUAGCGGAUUUUGAAGUACCCGACGCCCUAGUGGAGGCUUAUACGCCGCAAGGAUUUAGCGUAUCGAUCCCAGAUCAGGAAGGGAUCAAACUCUUCGCAUUCCAUGGCAAAAUCAACGAAGAAAUGAACGGCCGGGAGGGGGGCACCUUUUCCAGAGACAUAACGAAAGCCAAAAAUGGGCGGUGGACUUUCUACGACCCCAUUACAAAGCUGAACGUAGGCGAUGUCAUUUAUUAUUGGACGUACGUCGAUUACUUUGACGGUCGCAAUAAAUUGGGAUACCCCAAGGACGACCAAGAAUUUACUGUCACCGAGUUGUUGCCAAAACCGGUAAAAGGAAAACCUGCCCCCAAACCAACAAUAGCACCUGCGAUCCCCCCCAGGAUCGACGUAGAUGGUAAUGUUUGUGAAGUCACGCCGACCACCGUAAAUACGAAAGAAACUUGUAAAGGAAAACUAAUAUUUAACAGCUCGUUUACCCCCGAGGGUAUAGCGAGAGAUUGGACCAUCCAGAGGAAAUACGCACUCGAUCCCGAUUUCGAGUUUGUCAUGUACGACGACAGUGAAACAAUGAAAACGGAAAACGGCCGUUUGGUAAUCACCCCAGUGCUCACGGAUAAAAUUCACGGCGAAAAUUACGUGGGAACGUCUUCCGGAUACGAUUUUGGCGAUAGAUGCACGGGGGUCAAGGGUUCGCCCGAGUGUUAUCAAAGGCCGGAAGCGUGGUUUAUUAUUCCUCCCGUCACUUCAGCCCAAAUCACCACCAAGGGAAAAUUUCACUUCAAAUAUGGAAGAGUGGAAAUAAGAGCCAAGUUGCCCAAGGGAGAUUGGAUUUACCCAGAACUAUAUCUGAACUCCCAGAACGAUGAUUACGGAUCGUACUAUCAAUCGGGACAGAUCAGGAUAGCGUUUGUGUCCGGAAACGAGCAAGAAAGCAAAACCCUUCAGGGUGGUGCCAUAUUGGGUGACUCGAAAGCGGCGAGGAAGUACGCGGUGAAGGCUGUUCAGCGAGUUUCGUCGUGGUCGGACGAUUUUCACGUGUUCACUGCGAUCUGGAAACCAGACAGUAUAAUUGUUGGCGUGGACGAUAAGGUCUACGCGAACAUAUUUCCUCCAGAAAACGGCUUUGCUAGUCUUCGCAACAGUUUAACGAUCAAGCACGCGGACCGAUGGCAAUCUGGAAGCAAAACGGCGCCGUUCGACAAGGAGAUGUACCUUACAAUCGGGGUAGGAGUGGGAGGUCAGAAUUUCGAAGACAGAUCGGAUGGUAGUAAACCAUGGACGAAUAGCCAGCCAGUCAGCCAAAAGGAUUUCUACCGAGCCCGUUCGGACUGGCUGAAGACGUGGGGAGAACAUUCGAAACUCGAAGUCGAUUAUAUUAGAGUUUAUGCUUUGUAAAAAUAUUCCUUAUAUUUUUUUGCAACAAUAAAGCUGUGAUUUCUUA